GCCGGCCGGUCAAGUCAAACGCCCAACCCCAACUCCAACCCAAACCUCAACCAAAUCCAAACUCCCAACAACCAUGGCGACGACGGCGAUCCCGUGCGUGACCCUGAACACGGGCCACGAGAUGCCGGUGCUGGGCUUCGGCACCGGCUCCUCGCGCGUGCCCGCCGACCUGCCGGACACCAUCGUGCACGCCGUCCGCCUCGGCUACCGCCACCUCGACACGGCCGCCAUGUACGGCACGGAGCCGGCCGUGGGCGCAGCCGUCGCCGAGGCCGUCCGCUCAGGCGCCGGCGGGAUCUCCUCGCGCGAGGACCUCUUCGUCACCUCCAAGCUCGGGAUCCCCAACGCGCGCCCGGGCCGCGUCGUCCCGGCGCUCCGCGAGUCCCUCGCCCGCCUCGGCCUCGACUACCUGGACCUCUUCCUCGUCCACUGGCCCGUCGCCGCCGACAACCCGGCGGACAAGGCCACGCUGGCGGAGUUCGACAUGGAGGGCGUGUGGCGCGGCAUGGAGGAGUGCCGCCGCCUGGGCCUGGCGCGCUCCGUCGGCGUCAGCAACUUCUCGGCCGCCAAGAUGGAGCGGCUGCUGGCGCUGGCCGCGGUGCCGCCGGCCGUGAACCAGGUGGAGCUGAACGUGGGGUGGAGGCAGGAGAAGGUGCGGGAGGUGUGCGCGAGGCACGGCGUGGUCGUCUCCGCCUACUCGCCGCUGGGCGCGUACGGCGCCUCCUGGGGCUCGGACGCCGUCAUGCACAGCGGCGUCAUGCACCACGUCGCCGCCGCCAAAGCCAAGACCGUGGCCCAGGUGGCGUUGAGGUGGGUGUACGAGCAGGGCGUGUGCUUUGUGGCCAGGAGCUUCAACAAGGAGAGGCUCAAGCAAAACAUGGACAUCUUUGUUGAUUGGGAGCUGAGCGAUGAGGACAAGGCCAUGAUCGCCACGAUACCGCAGAAAAGGGCGUGCCAGGGGGACUACUUUGUGUCGCCCGACGGACCUAACAAAUCACUCGAGGAGCUGUGGGACGGCGAGAUGUGAAUGUACCCAAAUAUUUCUAGUACAAGUUCUAUCAACAACAAGUAUUGCCUCGCUCGUCCAUGCCAGGGGCGGUGGACCUUACAAAUCACUCGAGGAGCUGCGGGAUGUUGAGAUAUGAUAAUAUGUGUAUCUAUUUCUGAUUACUAGUCAAAUUUUGUAAUACAAUUUUAAUGAGCAAUACGGGCUACAUACGGAGCAAAA